AUGUUGCGGGCCGCGGACCCCACGCUCCCGGGGGGUCUGGAAUCUAAGGACACCGUCCACCGGAGGCGCCGACGUUGCGUACGCUCGGUGACGUUUUGCGUGACACUUUUCCUGGCGUGUUUGCUCCAGCUUGCACAACCAUCAACGGCCGUGGUCUGCAACCAGACAGUAUGUGACUGCAAAGGGCUGAAGGGUGCUCCGGGACAGAUUGGACCACACGGCGUACCAGGCCAGAGCGGCGAUCCAGGCGAUAUCGGGUUCGAUGGCCCACCCGGACUGCGCGGUGAUCGGGGAAAUCGGGGCGAAGUUGGUACGAGCGGUCCGAAAGGUUACCGGGGUGAUACAGGAGAGCGAGGACCGCUGGGUGUGCCCGGAUACGCAGGACUGCCCGGUGAGCCCGGUUUCCGUGGCCCGUACGGGAUCGAUGGUUGCAACGGAACAGACGGUGCGAUGGGACCUCCCGGCUUCCCCGGUAUUCCAGGCGAACGUGGUCCACAGGGUCCGCCCGGUAUGAUCGGUUACCGGGGUGAUUCUGGUGAGGGUGGCAUAAACUCCAAGGGCACCAAGGGUGACAUAGGAGUGGCCGGUUUUCGCGGCGUCGAAGGACAGCAGGGCUACCCGGGUAAUCGAGGUUCCGAUGGAGUCGAUGGCAUGACCGGUGCACCGGGCGACGAUGGAUUGCCGGGGCUGACAGGCGAACGGGGUGAGCAGAGCGAAGAUUUCUGUCCCGGAGAACCGGGCGAACCGGGCGAGCCUUACUAUUACUGGGGCGGCAAGAACGAAACGGUCAGCAUCGGCAUGAAGGGUCCGAAGGGUGACCGUGGAUACGACGGAAUGCCGGGCAUGCAUGGGAUGAAGGGCGAUUCGGGCAUGCAGGGCGAACGAGGACAGAAGGGUUUCAAGGGCGAGGAAGGCAAGAUCGGUGACCGCGGCAAGCAGGGUAAGGAGGGCCCACCGGGUGCCUCGGGCGAAAAGGGAGAGAAAGGUGCACCCGGAUAUGCGGGGCUGGAUGGAAGCUCGGGCGACAAGGGACCGUCGGGAGACGACGGCCGACCGGGAUUGCCGGGAGUGCAGGGACCGCCGGGAGCUAAAGGUGAAUACCGACCCGAGCUGGCGCCGAUCGUAAUAGGACCGCAAGGACCACAGGGAGACAUAGGACCGCCCGGUCGACCGGGCAACGUCGGUAUUCCCGGAAACAAGGGUCUCCGUGGACCGAUGGGUCCACCCGGUCCGCCCGGUGAUUCUGGUCUGAAUGGGCGUGCCGGUCCGAAAGGCAUCUCACCGCCCGGACAGCGCGGUGACGAUGGUGAGGGAGGACCGCCGGGACCGAUAGGUAGCCGCGGUACUCCGGGACAGGCGGGACCGAAGGGUCAGCUCGGUUUUCCCGGCCGAAGCCUGCUCGGGCCCAAAGGUGAACCAGGCACGAACGGAUUGAACGGAGACUUUGGCGAGAAAGGUGAUCAGGGCGAUGAUGGCGUAUCCGGCGACAAGGGUUUGCCCGGCAUUGGGGUGAACAUCACCGGACCACCGGGACCGGCCGGUUUACCCGGUCGAGAUGGACCGCCAGGCGAUUUGGGCUUCAAUGGUUACACUGGCCAGAAAGGUGACAAAGGAUUCCGUGGAGAAGACUGCGGCACUUGCCCGCCGGGACCGAAAGGUGUUAAGGGCGAAGAUGGCGAUAUUGGACGCUCCGGACUGGACGGAUACGAUGGUAAUCGUGGGCUGCCCGGACCGCGAGGCUACCAGGGCACACCGGGAAAGCAAGGGCUGAAGGGUUUGUCGGGCCGAAAAGGCGAGCGGGGUGACUUUGGAGAACGUGGUGUUCCGGGUGAGCCGGGACGACCGGGAGUUCUUCGGCGUGCGAAAGACUUUAUCGACCUGACGCCAGAAUUGGGCGAUCGAGGAGAUAGAGGACAACGCGGUGAUCAGGGCAUGCCUGGGGAUUUGGGUGCCUUUGGCGCUGUCGGAUACCCUGGACGACCCGGUGAACCGGGAGAGUACGGUGACGACGGUGAAUCUGGACGACCAGGAAACGAUGGGCAACCGGGAAUUGACGGUCGGAACGGAGCGCCGGGUCGGGAUGCUUUUGUCAACGAGUACAACAUCUGGUCCAUUCGCGGAACGCCCGGUGUACCGGGUGACAAAGGUGUCAAAGGAGAGCUUGGUGACCAGGGUGAUCGCGGUGAGCCGGGCGCAAUGUCAGAGCUGAUCUACAACAUCGAGGGUCCCAAGGGCGUGAAGGGAGAAAUGGGAGACUACGGACCUGAUGGCGAAAAGGGUUACAAGGGUGAGAUGGGUCUGCAUGGACUGCGCGGAUUGGAUGGACCACCCGGUUUGCCUGGUCUCAGCAUUCAGGGACCAGAGGGGUACAAGGGUUACUACGGCGUGAUCGGUGACCAUGGACCGGUCGGUACUCCCGGUGAGGAUGGACGCCCCGGACCGGAUGGCAUUCCCGGACUGCAGGGAUUGCGUGGACAGCGCGGUGACCCGGGACGACCGAUACUGAUGGGAGAGAAGGGCGUGGAAGGCGAGGGCGGCUUCUACGGCGAGAUCGGAGACAAGGGCUUCAGGGGACCGGAGGGUGUGCGCGGCACGAUGGGUGAAUCGGGCACGAAGGGCGAGCGAGGCGAACCGGGACCGUUGGGUAAGCCGGGUCUGCGGGGAAACAAGGGCCAGAUGGGAGACAUCAUCUACGGUGACCGUGGAAUGCCGGGAUUGCCCGGACGCAACGGUCUGCAGGCCCCGUUCGGCGACAAAGGCGAACGUGGCGAGCCGGGCAUGGAAGGGUUCCCCGGACCGAAGGGCGAGCGAGGCGAAAUCGGACGCGACGGAUUGCCCGGACUGCCCGGAGACGAUGGACUGCCGGGCGAGCGAGGUCUGCAGGGACGCAUGGGCGACAUGGGUGAGGAAGGUUACCAGGGAGAACGUGGCUUUACGGGCGACCUGGGCCAUCCCGGUCUGAGCGGAGCCCGUGGACUGGCGGGAGUGCGGGGACCCAAAGGCCUAUCGGGUGAUCCCGGAGAUAUGGGAUUCCCCGGACGGAAUGGAGCGCCCGGACGGAAGGGAGAGCGGGGCGAUUUCGGUGACAUGGGACCACGUGGCCGGAAGGGCGGUGCGUCGUUCAGCGGUAUGAAGGGAGAGAUGGGAGAGCCGGGCAUGAUGGGCCCGCCCGGAUACAACGCGCGACCCGGAAUGAUGGGACAAAAGGGCGAGGAAGGAGACGCCGGCCAGGUCAUCGAUGGAUAUCAGGGAGUGAAGGGACAGAAGGGUGCCCCCGGUUUCCCGGGCAUCCCAGGCCGUCCAGGAGCGAAGGGCGAGCGGGGCGACGUUGGAGUGUUCGGACCGAAGGGAAUCUCCGGCGAUAAGGGACGCGAUGGAUACGCUGGUAUUGCCGGUCGUGCGGGACGUCCGGGUCCACGCGGACUGGUCGGUCCGCGAGGUGAGCAAGGCACUCGCGGAGAGGCGGGAGAAUCGGGUGAAGAUGGCCUAACUGGGUUCGUAGGUACGAAGGGUAUGCGGGGUGAUGUGGGUAUGGUUGGACCUACGGGGCAACCCGGCGUUGAUGGCGAUCCAGGUUUACCCGGCAUUCCUGGCAAUGUUAUGAUGCGAUCGGCGCAACAAGGUGACCAAGGUGACUCCGCCCCGGAGGGCCUAGAAGGCGAUCAAGGACCUCCCGGACUAAAGGGACAACGAGGCUAUCCGGGCCGGAAAGGGGAACAGGGACUGCCUGGAUUCGUGGGCAUGCGCGGCAUCGAAGGAUACGACGGACCGAAAGGACAGCGUGGAGAUCCUGGUAUGAAGGGACUGCCCGGCGACAUCCAGACCCGAACCGAACGCGGCGACCAGGGCGAGGCUGGAUACGAUGGACUCACCGGACGACCGGGCAUUACCGGCAACAAAGGAGCACCAGGCGACUACGGUGACAAUGGACUGAUGGGUCUACAGGGUCUUCCGGGCUUCGUGAACGGCGCGUUGAAGGGAAUGAAGGGUCAGCUCGGUUUCGAAGGUGCCCCGGGCCAGGCUGGGCUGGCUGGGCUGCCCGGUUUGGAUGGGUUGAUGGGUCCACCCGGACCACGAGGAUUGGCUGGAAGCAUCGGUCCAAUCAUGCCCGGCUUCCGGGGUGACACUGGCGACGAUGGUCUGCCGGGCCUGGAAGGCAUGCCCGGUCCACCAGGAUUCCCGGGCGACCGAGGAUUGCAGGGAUUGCCCGGUCUGAGUGGGCUCCCCGGACCCAAGGGUCAGCAGGGAGAGGAAGGCCCCGAAGGCUACCACGGUCUGGUGGGAUUGGCCGGCAUGAAGGGAGAGGUGGGUGAUCUACCGCCGCUCUCGAACUGGCGACCAACGCAACCUGGCGAUCGCGGAACUCCCGGUAUGCGCGGUGAACCCGGCGAUGAAGGCGACAAUGGACCGCCGGGCUAUCCGGGCAUGCGCGGUCCGAAGGGUUUGCAGGGCUUGCAAGGCGAACAGGGCGCAACGGGCGAAGUCGGCGCCAAGGGUGAGCGAGGCAUUCCCGGACCACCGGGACGCAGCGGUAUCGAAGGACUGCCAGGCCUGCCCGGAUUGCCGGGUGACUCGGCCGGGCCACCGCCACCGCCAAAGAACUUGGGUUUCAUAUUCGCACGCCACUCGCAGAAGGUGACCAUCCCCGAGUGUCCCAUCAACACGUACAAACUGUGGGAUGGCUACUCGCUGGUGAAUGUCAUCGCUAGCAGUCGCUCCACCGGACAGGACCUUGGCACCGCCGGGUCGUGUCUGCGCCGGUUCAGCACAAUGCCGUUCAUGUUCUGUGAUAUUAACAACGUGUGUAACUACGCCUCGAACAACGACGACACGAUAUGGUUGGCCACACCCGAGCCGAUGCCAAUGUCGAUGGCACCGAUACCGGCGGAUCAGGUCGAGCGCUACAUUUCCCGCUGCAGCGUGUGUGAGUCCAACACGCGUGUGAUGGCGCUGCACAGUCAAUCGAUGAGCAUUCCGGACUGUCCCGAAGGUUGGGAGGAGUUGUGGCUUGGCUACAGUUAUGCGAUGCACACAUCGGACAACUCGGGAGGAUUCGGACAGGACUUUGUGUCGCCCGGAUCCUGCAUGGAAGAGUUCCGACCACAGCCCGUCAUCGAAUGCCAUGGACACGGUACGUGCAACUUCUACGACGGUAUUUCCUCCUUCUGGUUGACGAUCAUCGACGACUCCAUGCAGUUCAACACGCCCCAGCAGAUGACACUAAAGGCACAUCAAACCAGCAAAGUCAGUCGAUGCAUCGUUUGCCGUCGAAAGGCCGGCAUCAUGCGCGCUCUGCACGGAGGCAGUUCGAUAACUGCAUCGGCCCUGCGCAGACCGCAAACGGCCACAGUGUCACGCCCGCAAUAUCCGCUGCCUCCAGCUCAGGCAGCGGCGGGCCCGAGGAGACGAGUGUCACCGGGACGGCAGCGUAACCGCAACCGCAGCCAGGGCUAG